AGAGAGACUAGCGAGAGAGAGGGAGUUCAAGUAGUUUUCGCACGAAGAAGGUAGCUAAGCCUUAAAUUUGAGGGCGGGCCGGGUGUUAAUUAUUUUUAAUGAGUUUAAGGCACAUUGAGUCGACUCUCCCAGCUGGGUUUCGCUUCUGCCCUAGCGACGAGGAGCUUAUGUGCUACUACUUGCAGAAGAAGGUAGCUAACGAGAGUUCCUCCCGAGGAACCAUGGUCGAAGUCGAUUUGCACACUCAUGAGCCAUGGCAACUUCCAGAGGCGGCAAAGCUAAACGAGAAAGAGUGGUACUUCUUUAGCUUCCGAGAUCGAAAGUACGCGAGGGGUUGGCGAUCGAAUCGAGCGACCAAGAGUGGGUAUUGGAAGACGACGGGGAAAGAUCGCGUGGUUUCUGAUCCAAAAAGCCAUGAGGUUGUGGGAACGAGGAAGACGUUGGUGUUCUACCAAGGGAGGGCUCCCAAGGGGAGAAAGACUAAUUGGGUCAUGCAUGAAUUUCGACUAGGGAUGCUACAUGCACCUCCCAAGGAAGACUGGGUGCUCUGCAGAGUAUUUCACAAGAAGAGAGGCAUGGAGAAUGAGCAGGAGAAUAUCCACAAUCCGAGCUGCUCGACUCCGCCUCCUCUUCCUCCUGAUCAGCAUAUGCCUACUGACCAUUCAAUUAGAGUACUGUGCCAUGAACAGACGACGACGACGACUUCGCCGGCAUUCCCCAUUGAUCUCCCAGUACUGCAGGAGGGCAACUUUCUCGACUUGGCAUGGCUGCGCCACCACUUCAUCGAAGACAGUACUGGCUUGCUGUUGGAUGUGGGUUUAGACGGAGACAAAGAAUUGGAUGAUCAUGAGAUGGUGGUGCAAAGGCUCGGCGGAAUAAUGGAUGACAACUUUGGAGCUUGCAGUACUGGUUUAGGAGUUCGAGGUGGAAAUAAUUACAACGUCGAUCAGUUCAUCUUCCCCUGAUCGAUCCAAGCAAAUUAUAUAUAUCCAACACGACAAAUUCAUUUCGCAUAAUCUCUAGCUAGCUAGCAUGUGUAUAGGUACAGCAGUGUUGUUUUCUCUUUCGAAUUCAUGACACAAAAUAUUAUACGAGUUCAUGUUGUGAUUUUGUUAAUUUACUUG